AUGCCGCCCAGCACGGUCCUCAAGGGACGCCCGUGGGAGCGACCCGAGAUCAUCGCAGCGAGCUGGCUUCCCGGCGGCUUCCCUGCGCUGGCCGCCCUGGUGGGCCGCCCCGCCUCGGACGCGGGUGGGCGCGGCAACGUGGGCUCAGCCGACGGCGGCGUCGCGCUGGUGGUGGCCUCCGCCUCCUGCGCCCCCGGGGCGCUGCUGCGCACGCUGCGCGCUCUGCGCGAGGCCGGCCACUUCACCGUCGCCGCGCUGGCCCUGCCCUUCGGCUUCGAGGGCGGGGUGCGCGGCGCGGCGGCGCGCCGCGCCGCCGCCGAGGCCCGCGCCGCGGCGCACCUGGUCGCGCUGGUGGACCAGGAGGUGCUGAUGCAGGCCUGGGGCGGCGGCGCCGCGGUGACCGUGGCGCAGGCCACGGAGAUCGCCGACCUGGCGCUGGAGCACGCCGUGCGCGGCGUGCUGCAGGCGGUGCAGAGUCGGGAGAUCCUGAAGUCGCAGCGCGGGGCGCUGAUGUGGCACGGCCGCGAGCUGCGCCACUUCAAGCGCCUCCUCCCGCCACCCCUGCAGCAGCUGCUGACGCGGCCGGGCUUUGCCCUGACGGGGCGGGGCCAGGCCUGCAUGCCCCCCAGCGAGACCUCACGCCUCUCCCCGGCCAAGGCGCUGAUGCACCUGGCCACAGAUGCAGUGCGCGCCGCGGCCGACUCCCCCUUCCUGGACGGGGUGCUGGGUGACACGCGGGGCGUGCUGUGCUGCCUCACGCUGCCUAGUCCCCUGGCCCUGGGCGUCGACGUCGGCAGCGAGCGUGCGCUGCAGCAGCACAAGGCAGCGGAGCGCAUGGCCGCGCAGGCGGCGGCGGGCGCCCUGUCGCAGCUGGCGGGUCCCGGCUGCCGCGACCUGGUCCUGUGUGUGGAGGUCGAGGCCGCUGCCCACUCACCUGGCGAUGCUGCUCGAGGCGUGGUGAGGCUGGAGGCCACCUUGCUCGCCCUGCACGACGCCGAGGCGGCGGGGGAGGUGGAAGACCUGGAUGCUGGCGACGACGGCUACCAGCCCAGCAUCUCCUCCUCCCCCGUGGCACGAGGGAACGACGGACCGGCCGUGCCGGCGCAGCCCCCCGCGCCGCCGUCCCCUGCGCUGGCAGACACGCAGCCCGCGCAGCGCAUCACUGUGGGCGAUGACCUGUCGGAUGCCCUCAUGGCGGCCUCCCUCGACCUCCCCCCCGCGGCGGCGCGGUGGCGGCAGCAGCAGCGUGCCCAAGCAGCCCCGCCCCGCAAGGUCGUGGUCUGGGAGGUGGACGAGCUGCAGCCCUGGGAAGAGCCGGAGGAGCCUAGCGGGCUGGCGGCCCUCCUGCCAGGGCCCUGGGUCAGGCCGCGGGAGCUGAAGAUCAACCUGAAACAGCGCAUCGCGGGAGUGCUGGAGCAGGAUCGAGACGAGGGGUGGGGCGAGGACGCUGAGCCCUGA